AUGUAAUUCUGAUAUUUCUUUUCACUUUACACAUGUUCAAGCAAUUUCAGGGUGCAGAUCAUGACAUACUCCUAUAAAUUAAUGUUGGAAUGCUUCUUCGAUUUGUAGCAACAAAAUCUGAAACCACUAGUGUAACAUUUUGAUCAGAGCAAAAAAGAGAUGACUCAUGAACAAAGAGAAGGAGGUUACUCCAGCCCACAUUGGAAAGGCGAUGGUUCUACACUUGACCAAAGUUUCUCAGGAUUGAUUAAAGUCCCUGUUAAGGCUCUAGACAUCACAUGGGGUAAUGAUACUCGGUUUUGGCAACAGAUAGAUCUUACGGAUCAUGAUACCCAGGAGAUCGGAUUCAAGGAAGGUAUGCUGCUCCUUCAGGUGAAUUGGAUUGAAGUCAAAGGAAAUCUGAAUAUCACUCCCACUGAGGACACAAAAUAUGAAAUAUAUUAUAUGGUCAAGUUCAGGGUUGAUGCAUUUGGUUGGCAUUCAGCUCCUAUCAAGUUCAAGGUGAGACACAAAGGAGAAGAGACACACAGUAACAUUAUGAUAUUGGAGUCCUACAGAGAGAAACAUGAUGUGUGGCAUGAAAUUCCAGGUGGUGAAUUCUCAGUUGCAUCAAAGGACCCUGUGAAUGUUGAAUUUGGUAUCUUUGAAGUUGAUAGUGACUGGUGGAAGGGUGGUAUGGUUCUUGGAGGAGUUAAGAUUAAGGCAAAAUCAGGUUGAUGAGAUGGCUUUUCGUUGAAGAUUUGGAAGUUGCUUCUAAAAUCUACAUGCUAGGCUUAUUAUGAGUUUUCAUGAUUAAAAUAUAUAUAAAGUUGUAUGGUUUCAUUGUUGCAGUAUAAAGAACCAAAGCCCUAUACAUGCUUCGGCUGUUUGUGUUAUUAUUAUGAGUUUUCAUAAUUAAAAUAUAUAUAUAAAGUUGUGUGUA